AGGGCUGCAGGGUGCGCGCACACAUGUCCCGUCUGCACGCUGUGAUCCGCUCCUUGUAUAAGGCGGUUCAGGGCCGGGCGAGAGGAACACAAUAGCUACCACGGUGUCGAUCAAACGGCCCCCUUAUCGUUAAACGACAGGUGGGAAAUAGAGACCAAAGUGUGUUCCACAGUUACCAUUCAGAGAGCAGGACCGAAGGCGGUGCUGGCUCUUUCGGGACGACGGGAGGGCUCUCGCGGCGUGUUGUUCGGAUUCAAACAGGUGUCUCGCGCUCUCCCAUCAGCAGGUAGUGGAGCAGCAGAGAUCCGCCCGCGAGGAGGCACCACAGGUUCUUUCUGAUUUCGACGCAUUCCUCGUUGGUCGAUACAUUUUCGGGAUUUUUUUUAUUUAUUUUUUCAUUACCUAAGACUAACGGGACAAGGAACUCAUAAUUAGGACAAAAGCAUAAGAUUAUCCAAGCGACAUAGCAUUUAACCACCUCCCAGCCCCCGACCCCGACAGGUGGGAAGAGAGCUUUGGGACACCCCCACCCCCCCCCCACUCGCUUCUUCUCUUUCCCCAGCGGAGGAGACGAGGCGGUGACUGACAUCCCCACGGGACGGCCCGACCGACCAUUCUGUUAACAGGUGUGUGCGUGUGUGAGGGGCACACCGCACACUACCUCCUACCAGCGACUCAUUGUUCUUCAUCGAGCCCUUUGAUAGUCCCACUCACCCGCCGGUGCGCGAGAGCAGUGAUGGAGCAAGCGUUUAAUUUGAAUUUCAUUUAAAAACACGGAUGCAAAAUUUAAAACGUUUGGGUAAUUUUUUAUAUUUUUUUAGGGCUUUGCUUGACGAGGAGGAUACGACCCGAGUCGAUUGAAGAGCUCAGGGAUUUUGUAUAGGCUAACGACCAACAUUCAAAUUUGUCUCAUCUGGACCGACCAAACAAAGUAGACAUUUGUUUACGGCGGUUAGCUUUGAGCAUUUAUCAUGACGACCAGGAGACCCGCCGUGAAUCCGGCGGGGACCUCCGACAACCAGCAAAGCCAGAAUCCCAAAACCCCCAGCCCCGACAACGGUGUGUCUGUGUCUGAUGCAGCCGGGGCAGGGGUCGAGAUGUUCCAGGAAUGGUGCCUCCGGACCUACGGCGACUCCGGCAAAACCAAGACCGUCACUCGCCGUAAAUACAACAAAAUCAUCCAGACCCUGAAGCACCUCGAGGACGACCACCGAGGCUGGAUCUUCCGCGAGAAGAAUACCAUCAACGCCAAAUUCAAAUUCUGGGUCAAGUCGAAGGGCUUCCAAGUGGGGUCGCUGCAGGAGGGGGUCGGCGGCUCCCCGGACAGAGCCGUGCUCUUCGUGCCCAUCAAGGCUACGUGUAUAGAUGGUGCACCCGGGUCAGACCCGUCUCUGAAGCGCGUGGCCAUUGUGGAGGACUUCUUUGACAUCAUCUACGCCAUGCACGUGGACAUCACUUCAGAUCCUGGGAAGAGCCCUAAACACGCCGGGCAGAAGAAGACCUACAGAGCUAUAGCGGAGACCUAUGCGUUUCUGCCCAGGGAGGCAGUGACCCGCUUCCUGAUGAGCUGUGGAGAGUGUCAGAAGAGAAUGCACAUCACCACCACCGGUCUGGAGUCGAAAGAGAACGACCGGCCGACGUCCCUCGCUCCGGACAUGAUCGACUACAACAUGCCGCUGACCACAGCCUACCUGAAACACAUGGAGCUACAGUGUGGGAGCAACAUGGACAAGGAUGACAGCUUGCUAAGCAGUGAGGACGAGAUGAGUGAGUCCACGUGGCUUGCGGCCGACCCGGGGCCAGCAGACAGGAUGAGCCACAGUCCCCAUCGCGCACACAGCAAAGACGAGGACGAUGACUCAUCUUCAGAGAGUGGCAGCGGGAACGGCCUCCCUGCCUUGACCCCGCCCUCCUCCGCCAUAAAUGACAGCUCGGUUGUCAGGGCGAUGGAAGUCGUUAACGGCAACGGCGGCCCCGCCCCGCUGGACUUCAGCACGCCCACGUCCUCCUCUUGCUCGUCGGAGGACCAGCAGCCAAUCAACCUCAGCGACCCCCCCGCCCCGCGAGCGGCGCCACAGCCGCCCGCCAACCAACUGCCCCUGACGGUGUCCGCCGCCGCCGCCGCUCUGCUGGGCGCCCUCCACCCGGACGCGCCCGAGGAGCUCCGCAGGAAGUACCCCCUGGCCAACAAGCCCGGCCUGGCCCCGCUGACGCACGUGCACCCCAACCACACGCACGGCACGCGCACGCCGCACACGCACGCGCACGUGGCCGACCUGCGACUGGACCGCGACGGCCGGGACUACGGGGGGAAGUCUCCCCAGUACAGCUCCAGAGGCAGCUACGACAGCGUGAAGACGGAGCUGUGCGCCGAGGACUUGACGAUGGGGCGCCAUGGCAACCAGGUGGCCCCCAACGACGACGAUGACGACGACCAUGACGACCACGAGGACAGCGACAAGAUCAACGACGGCGAGGGGGUGGACCCCGAGCGGCUGAAGGCCUUCAACAUGUUUGUUCGGCUGUUUGUGGACGAGAACCUGGACCGCAUGGUCCCCAUAUCCAAACAGCCCAAGGAGAAGAUCCAGGCCAUCAUCGAGUCCUGCAGCCGCCAGUUCCCAGAGUUCCAGGAACGGGCGCGCAAGCGAAUCCGCACCUACCUCAAAUCCUGCCGUCGCAUGAAGAAGAACGGGAUGGAGACUCGCCCCACACCCCCACACCUCACCUCGGCCAUGGCGGAGAACAUCCUGGCGGCCGCCUGCGAGAGUGAAUCACGGAAGGCUGCCAAGAGGAUGCGUCUGGAGGCCUAUCACGACGAGCAGAGCAUCCUGGACAAGCCGGCCGGCGGCAGCGCAGGGCUCCGGGAACCCGCCUCUCUGACUAGCUCCGCCUCCAUGGCUAACUCCGCCUUCUCCCUCGCCGCUUCGGCCUUCGCCUCCCAGGACGCCCAGCUCUAUAUCAACGGGGCGGGCUACGGUUACCGUGGAUACGCCAGCCUGGGUACCACCAUGCCCCACCCUGUAUCCCUGAUGACCAGCACUGCUACUCAGAGCAACGGUCCUACUGACCUCAGCAUGAAACCCGUGGCCUCCAGCCUCACUUCCUCCUCCAGCGCCUCCACCCAUAACAGCUUAGCUGUACGGGCCAAUGGAGGGGGAGGAGGAGGAGGAGGAGCGGGCGGGGCUUCCACCCAGCUCAGCCAACCAGAGAUCACGGCUGUGCGUCAGCUGAUCGCCGGAUACAGGGAGUCUGCCGCCUUCCUGCUGCGGUCGGCAGAUGAACUGGAGAACUUGAUUCUGCAGCAAAACUGACCCACUGACACAAACACACGCGCACACACACACACACACAUGCACACACACCUCUACUCCCUACGGGUUCGUUUUGUGACCUUUAUAUUGUCGGUCCGUCUGUCUGUCUGUCUCCCAAUGCUCCCUCUUUGUCCUCAAUGAUGAACGUACGAUACGUCCACCCCACACUCCUCCUAAAGCCCUCGUUUUGAGGAGGAGAGGCAAAGGGACCGAAGGAGAGCACUUGGGAGGGCAUCCUACUCCUUCCCUCUCUUCUUCCUCUCUCUUGCCCCAAGGGUUAGGGUUAGGGUUGACCCUAGGCCCCUUAACCCUGGUCAGGGUACGGUCAGCUUCUCACAAUCAAACCCUUCGCCGGGACAAGACAUUUAAAGGAAGAAGAAGAGGAGAGAGAAAGGAGAGGGGAGGAGGAGAGUGAAACCACAGCCUGCAGGGAUAUUGGGCCUGCUACUACUGUGUACUUUCUGAACGACGACACUGCCCCCGUGUGGCUCGUAACAGGCGCUUAGGAAUCAGGAUCACAUUCCUGCAGAGGGUAUUUUGGAUUGAAUGGGGCCGUCCCGUACCUCUCGUCUUAAUAUCACAAGGCGAGAGAAAGGACCCCCCCCCCCAGAAUGGGUACUACUAAAAAAAACGGUUUGUUUAACGACCUGUGUUUUUUUGUUUUUGAACGUUUUCAUUUGUGAUUUUUUUUUUUGGUAGCCCGGUGAACAUUUCAGUUUAGGUUUGACUCCUGCAGCGACUGGAGGCCAGGCAGUUGAGCUUAUCUUCUCCAUCUAAAAGAUAGCACUCACUCCACAAAGGCCCGCGGCCCUGCUUUGAGCAGGCCCAAGCUCAAGGACAAAACCUGGAAACGAAAAGAGAACGGAUCUUUCGGUUGGUAAAAAAGAGGACUGUUUUGGGGACCUUUUGUUGCUUGUAAAUAAGCUCUCUGUGUCCUAUAGCACUUUUACUUUCCCAAACAACUCACCUUAAACCUUUCCCUCAAAUCUACCCAACGGGCCUUUUUUUUAACCCAGGGAGGAACUUGCUUACUUAUGCAUCCAAGACGCCAUGUUGACCGCCAGGAAAUACCUCAGACCACGUCUGCCAACUCCCUCUUCAAGUACGCACACACACGUACAUACCAACAAACGGCCCAGGUAUAUCGUGACCUUUCAACCCGAUACAACUUAACUCUUAACACCGCCUGUUGUCUUUUGAAGGAUACUUUUCAUUGGAACAAAAAACGACCGCACAAAAAACUAACGUCAAAAAGAGAUGGCAUUUCAACAACCGGUCUUUGAACCUUAAACGUCUUUAAAAUACUUUUUGUUUGUGCAAGCUCACUUGCUUGCGGCUGUAUAUAACGAGUCCGUCCCUUCCGGAAAUUACUUCUGGAGAUCUGGACUCAGAAGAACUAAAACUAAGUGGGUUUUUGUAGAAGAAAGACUUUCUCCUGGAAGGGGACAACCUGCUUUCUGGUGGCUUCUUUACCACCCACUUUUACUUUUCUAAAAAGUUUUUGUUUUAAUGCCGACAAAACCUCAUCAACACCGUUUAACAUGUAUCUCUCUCUAUCUCUCUCUUUCUCUCUCCCUUGCUUUAUUCCUGUCACUCUAUCUCUAGUUUCUCAGGGAGGGGACCCCCAGUCCCCUCUCGCCUUCCCUGGACCUAUCCCAUCCCUUUCCCCUGGACCUAAACCCUCUCUUACCUCCUCCUCGUGGUUCUCCCUUGUCCGACUGUUCGGUACAGUAACAGUUCAGAACAAUUCAGUUCAGGUGUUUUGGUCUGUGUCUGUCUGACUUUAUUAGGUGUCCAUUCCUAUUAUUAUUAUUAUUAUUAUUAUUGUUAUUAGAAUCCUUAUCCCUGCAAUGAUUAUAAUGAAGAACCUUCUUGUUGCUGCUGCUAUUCAACAGAACUGGACCUUUCACCAUAGACCUGAAACCUCAAGCAAGCAGGGCGUUUGUUAGCCAAAACCCAACCAACCGAUCAACCUCCUCCAAAACUCAAGCUCGACCUCAGAACCAAUGGUACAAAGCAAAAAAGAAAUCAGACACACAAACACACACAGGCCUCCUCGCAAGACAUUUUGAACUUGGAUUACAAUUUACUGUCAUUUAAAGAACACAAACUCCUGUUGUCUGAGCAGUUAGUUUACCUUUGGGUAAUGUUUGUGUUUUUACUUUCUGAACGGUGAUUCUCUGUUUGUAGGGAGUGUUUCUCUUGUAAUUUCUCUGUGUUUCUGACCGUCCAAGAGCAGGGCUUACAACCCAGACCACCUCCAGUGGUGUUAUUUGACUCAAUGGGGAACACAAUCUAAUCAUACAUCGCCACCAAUGAAAAGUAAAAUCGGGAUUCUCCACAUUCACGAUUACAUAGCAGGACGCUUACAGGCUGCGGUGAUUUAAAAGUGAAUAUUCUUGACUGUGUAUACAUUCGAUAAUGAAUUCAUGGGUGAUGUGGAGGACUUCCUGCCAUCUUAAUAAUGUAGGAUUCUAAUUGGACAGGGCUGUCCCUCUGGUGUUCUGAGUCCAGAGCAUUCAGUCUAAUUCUAGUCACUCUCUUUCUGGUUGGCUGUGUUUUUGAUUUGCCCUUUAACACUAUCUUAACUUUGUUGGCGGGUUGUUGGGCUGUUUCGUGGGUGGACAUCAGUGAAGAGGGCUCUCAUGAUCCCAGCAGGACCUGAGUGUGUUUUUGGUUCCGUCUCCCCAUGCGUCAGUUUAUUAGUGUUGUUCAAAAAGAAAUAGGAGUUCAAAUGAGUAAAAAAUAGAAGAAUAAUGAUCAAAUGAGACCUGCUUUCCCCAAUAGGCUGUUCCUGUUUAACUGUGCAUCAUCUACUUUCACUUUACUUAGUUGGGCUGGUCCUUGCGUCACAGUAAACCUCACAGGAUACACAGUCAUCUGUGAUUCUAGGGGGUGUUAUGGGAAUGUGGUGGGUGUGGGUGGGUGGGGGCAAGGGGCCAGAGGGGAGGGGGGAUUGAACCCCUAAAAUGCACUGACUGCAGAGCUGAUGCUUGUCGACACCCAGGAUGAGGAGAUGGUGCAGGGAUAUUUUUGUUGCAAUGCAGUUGAUAAUCAUAGCAUUCAUAGCCUGGGAUGACGAGAUCAGCACGCCUCAGUGGGGGAGAGGGGGGGAGGUCUGCAUCGCACUGGAACCACAAACCAAGCCAUACUCAUUCACAUUAAUAUGGUAAUGCCCCAACAAGGCCUACUAUUGAUUUGAAAUGUAAAAACAUAAAAAUAAAUGUAAACCACUUCAUGUAUGGAAUGAUAUGUGUUAGGUGUAGAAUCAGGCAUUGUUUUAUUUCAUUUGAAUUGUCCUUUGCUUAGUCUAGCGAGUGAAAGGAUUGCUUUUGUCGGCCGGUUGGAUUGAAGGUAUAGCCUGAAUAGCAAACGAGAAGGAAAAUCACGAACAAAUAUGCAAAAAAAAGCCAACCGGAGUAGUCAAACUCCAUCCCUAUUGGAGGAGGAAGGCAGUGGUCUAUGUUGUCACUGCAGACCGACGUUUGGAAUCCGUAACACACAAGAAAUUGACAAUCGAUUUAUUCCCGGUCCACCAUUGUUAUUAAUUAGCCUGACUGGUAUUUGACCAUCCGUUGAAAGGUGCUCUAAAUUGUCCCUAAGAAAGUAUUUGUUAUUUAUUUUGAGAACUAUAAACCUUCCUCAACUAAAGUGAAUUCCCCCCGCCCUGCUCGGAAUAUAAAGUAGUUUCUCCCUGAUGUAUGGCUUACCAGGUGUCGUAUCUCAGCUGUCUUACGACAGAUCAGUAACUAAGUGUCUCAGCAGAACACUCUACCUCUCUCCCUCAUGCUCAAUUCAGUUUCAGUUCACCAGUUCAUACCUUGGAAGCUUUGGAGGGUGAUCUCCCUGGCUCGGAGGCCCUGUGAUCACCAGUGGGAGCAGACUCCAUAUCAGGGGAGUUCUCGGCUUCCUUUAUAGCAAGCCGGGCAUGCACUGCUGGUUCUGCUACUAUAACACGGUCAUGAAGUACUGGGUAGGAUGGGCUCCGUCACAGAUGGUGUUGUCCCAGAGGCUUUGCUUCAGUUCUUGGUUCCCGUUUGCAUUCUCGACAGAGCAGCUCAGAGCUCAACUUGCUAAAGCUACCCCUAACCCUGACGUCCAUCUCAAGAAAGAAUCUGAAGGAUGCCAUACAAAAAGGCCUUCCCGCUCACCACAUUGAGAGGGUGUGUAGACUGAACUGUCAUUAAUCAGCGUUUUGACAACAACAACCGCCUGACAGCAAAGACUAAAUUCCCUGUAGUUGAGUCCACCCUGAAAAUAGUGGAUCUCUGUUUUCUGAGUGUGAUUAGGGAAGGGUUAUGGUCUGAGUGGAGUGGAUGCUCAUACACUUGGUAAUUCCUGAUUAAUAGCUUAUUAGGCCGAGAAAUAAACCCUGGAGUAUCCGGAGGCCGAAAGGCGGGGCUUACCUGUUUUGGGGCCUUUGGUCUCUAUGUUUCUGACAUUGAGACAUCUUGUCAAGGGUUUCCAAUGCUUUUGGGUUCAGAGUUUCUCCCCAUCUUCAACACUUACUACUUUUUAAAAGAGAAAAUGGCAAAUGACAAUCUCUGGAUAUGUGUAAUUUGCUCACUGGUUAAAUCCAUUCCUUGUCUGUGUGCAGCUCUUGUACACAGUUCUUCUGAGCAUGUUAGCCAUAAGAACAGCCAUCCUCCCACUGACUCAUCAAGAACCUCACAACAGGCCAACAGACAUUUUUAUCUGGUUUCUAUUUUGAAUAUAAUUAUAUUAUUAAUAUUUUUGUUCUUAAUAUAUUUUGUAGUGAAGCAAGUGAAGUGUUUUUUUAGAAUCUAUAUUUUGUACAAUGCUCACCAACACCUCACUGUGUCUGUGCUGAGCGUUCGGAACACCUGUACCAGUACUGACCAGUAUCACUGCUUACCUUGCCCCUAACCCUAACCCAGUACUGACCACUGCUUACCUAACCCUCCCCUAGCCAACGUGUGCUGGGUUCCCUCUGGGAGGUCCUGACCCUCCACCAGAUGCCCACUGAUGGUUCUUACCUGUUCUAAUCAUGUCUGGUGCAACGGUCACAACAGCCAGUGGUCAACUCUUGCCAUAAACGCGUACUGUUAAUAAAACAAGGGAUAUGGGAGACGCGUGAAUCAUAGCUCGCUCGUACAUUGUGCCUUUUCACAUAAUGACCUCAUGUUUGGUGUGUUCUUUUUCUCCACAUCUCUCGCUCAAACACAAAUGAUCUCCGGUCUCGAAAGGUAGUGACAUUAGGAAGUCUCAGUCUGGGAGCAAACAGGGGAAACCCAUCCCCCCACAGCUCAAAGCGUUCCUCACAUGGAUGGCUGAAUCAAACGCAGAGUACAUGUAUAUUUCAGAGGAUCCGGGUGAAGGUCUCGCCUUCAUUUCUCCAUGUCUGAACGGUAAAGCUUUAGUCCCGGUGUCUUGAGCUCGGACGAGAAGCAAAAGGAGCAGUGAUGCUGGUCGGGCCCUUCCCCCCCCCACGCUAACAAGCGAUAACACUUCUGGAAACACAUUGUCUUUGUCGUUGAAUGCACAGCUUUCUGCAUACAUAUAAAACGAAAAAUAAAUGAAAAAUAAAAAAACAAGAGGAGUAGAAUCCUAAGCUUUUUUAUUUUUCUAUCAGGGCGUGAUGUAUAGCUACUACUGUCAAAAUCCAAAAUGGCCACCCAAGCCACUGUUUUACUUUUUAUUUUAUUUUUUAUUUUAUUUUUAUUGUGGUGCUUUGUAUUCCUUUUUUAAUUUUGUUGAUAGCAAUUCCUGUUCUUUUUUUUUUAAGUUGUCUUCUUUGUCCGUCACUGUUACCCAACGUUCUCCUCAAACCGACCGUCUGGGCUCGUUCCAGUUCGACCAAUGGCUCAGCUAUAUCUCCUCAUGAUUUUACUCAGUGAAAGUGUGAUGUUUACAUGUACAGAUUUGUGCAAUUCUUUUUAGGUUGAGUUUCUUUCCAUUUUCCAUGGCAACUCUUUCUUCUCAUCCUCCUAUCUCCAUGUUUCCCCUCCUGUGUUAUGGUCCAACUCCUUCCUUGCAUAUUAAAGGGAAAUGGGACUCUGUCUAAAUGUGCUUAUCACCAUUGUAGAACGAAGCCUAUUGCCAAAGGGGUACCUUGACAUUUGUGGAUCCUGGCCAAUUACUUGUAUUGAACAUUUCUUUCUGAAGUUCAACUUUUUGUUGCAAAGUUCAUAAAUGUCUUAUCAUUUAGCCAGCAUUUGUUGUGAAGACCUUGUGGUUUAUAUUGGUAAACCAAAAUGUAUCGUAGGCAAAAUUAGUGGUUUACGUCGAAGUAUGAAGAUGACAAACCAACUCACACGUUUGUUGGUUGUUGUAUUGUUUCAAUCAUAAUUGUUUUGGGUCACUUGCAUUGUUUUCAUUUGUUUUCCAAAAGGCAACAAAGUUUCAAAAUGACAAAGUUCCCCUUUAAAAACUAUGAUUGUUUGAGCCGGAUGUCAAAAAGUGUGUUGGUUUGGCUCUAGGGGGUGACCUUUAACCUCUCAGCUAGCCUAAGCAAGUCAAUGUGGGGUCACAGCUGGUGUUUCCACAACCCAUUGGAACUAAAUCCUCAGUGAAUGAUAAGCCAUUGUUUGACCCUCAUUGGGUCUCCUUAGUCUAUUAGUAUAUUUAGCUCAACUUUAAUCUGCAGAAGAUGAAAAUCAACCUCAGGAAAUAAUAGGACAUCACUUUUGUAAAACACAGCCCAUUUCCCGCCCUCUUUGAUACCAUAUAAAUUAUAACGGAUUCUUUUUUUAUAAAUGUAUUGUGUUUAUGAUUCUAUAUAACAGUGGAUACCUUUUUCCAGUACCUGUGGAUAAAUAUUUUGAUUCUUUAGAAAAGUGUUAAUAUAUAUGUAAAGCAAACAACAACAAAAAAAAGAUGUUAAAAAUAAGAAUUCUCAAUUUUUUUGUUGUCUACUUGUGAACAGUAUGGGCAAAGUAGGACAAGAACAUAUCACUGAUCAAUGACAACCAACCAAUUAUUGAAAAAUGGAGCUUCUUAUUUUCAUGUGAUGUCACUGCUAGGCUGAAAUCUUUCCAGACUAAAAAAAAGAUGUGACCAUUUUUGUUUUUUUUUCGUUUCUCUCCCAAGUUGUGCGUCACAAAGCUAAUUAUACUAAUAAAACUGUGUGCUAUCUAUCAACAGA